AUGAUGUAUGAUAGAUUAGGGUUUAUGUUGGUUGGUUGUUUGGAUGUUUUAGGUGUUGAUUUUGAGUUAUCAAUGGCACGUAAUGUAUCAUACAUGCUUAAUUUGUAUCAUACAAGUAAGUAUGUGAUAGAGAACGGCAGCAUCAACACUUUUUCGAAUAUGCCGGAUGAUGGUUUGUUUGUCGAAGAAAGGUUGUCAUAUGAGGGAUUGAUUAGUAAGAUUUGUAUGACCCUUGGUUGGGAUCCAGCACACGUGAAACUCCACCUUUCUUUGAUUUUCGAUAGUCCCGGUGGUAGGCGUGUAGUGAAUAUCAAGAAUGAUUCGCAUGUAGAGUUCAUGAACCGUGUAGAUCCAAUGUCAUGUUUGGAUUUAUACAUAGAUUUGGAAGAUAUCACUCAAGAAGAAAGAGAAGCGAGUUUGGAAAACGUGUCAUUUGGUGAUUUUCGAAAGGGGGAACGUGCUAGUACUUCUCAAAACCGUGAUGAAGAGGAGACACCUUUAUUUGCACAAAAUGACUACCGGGAAGAGCUGGAUUCCGACUACAUAGCUCCAAGUGAAAGCGAAGAAGACUGUGAUGUCUCCGGAGAGAGUGAUUUUGAAGAAAGUGAUGAUGAAAGGUUGGAAAAUGAAGAAAGGGAUUGUAAUCUAUUCGCCCGACGCCAUGUAUAUAGUAAGAUGGGGAACUGGGAUGCCUCAUGUGUAGACAAGGAUGAGUUUGCUCUUAAGAUGUGGGAUGAGACGCCCGAAGGAAUGGACAUUGGCGUUUGUUUCAAAUCUCAAUCAGAAGCAAAGCAUGCUGUGAAAUUAUGGAAUAUCCAUCAUAAAAAGGAAUAUACGGUCGCCGCGUGUAGUCCAAGGACGUGGGCUGUGCGGUGCAGAAUAUUUAAUGUGGAAAGUGAGGAUGGUGAACCACCAUGUGAGUGGAAGAUGCGUGUGUCAUUGAAAGCUCACGACCUUCAUGAAAUUGUGAGAUGGCAUGAUGCACAUAAUUGCAUGACUCCUGUGAAUGAUAAUGACAAUCGGUGUGUGGACGCGUCUUUGAUUGCUAGACUCAUCAGGAGAAAGGUUGAGGACAACGUAGAUUAUACGGUAGCCUCGGCACUGAAAGAUGUGAAGACCUUAUUGAAAGUAGAUGUGCCAUACAAAAGGGCGUGGCACGGGAGGAGGAAAGCCAUAGAAGCGGUCUAUGGUGAUUGGACCUCCAAUUUCGAAGAACUUCCACGGUAA